CUGGUUUCACAAAAACUGUCAGCUUUAAAUGUAAGGAAUCUGGAGUCUUGUGGCUACUGUCAUUGCAAGAGAUUGAAGUAAAUACAGAAUCUGGAAACUCUACGGCAACCUCUGGAAAUCCCUCUGAGAAUAGGCGGAAGCCACCUUUGGCCGAGAUGUCUCGGCACCAUAGUCGCUUUGAAAGAGAUUAUCGCACAGGAUGGGAUCGCCGGGAAUGGAGCGCCAAUGGGAACCACGUGAACAGCACUAAUUGUAACAGCACAGUGAACAGCAAUAGCAACAAUAGACCAGGGCUUCUGCCUGUGCCAAUUGUGCCCUCACGAUUACAUGCCCCAGCCACAGUUGCUUGUACCACAGUGAACAGUGAUGUGAUAACCACUCUUGUGGCCAACUCUUCUGCAGCUUCAACAACCAAAACACCUUGCAUUUCCAAGACAGAGAAUCAGCCACAAGGAUUAGCAACCAGCGUAAGGUGGGGACAGACCCCCAUCAAUCAGUCUACACCCUGGGACACAGAUGAGCCACCACCUAAACAGAUGAGGGAAACUGAAAACCCAGGUACAGCUCCAUGGGUUACAACAGUGGCAGCAGGUAGCCAGCCAACUCUUAUAACUCAUUCUUAUGGGAUGACUCAACCUCCGACCUUCAGCCCAGCAGUGAACGUCCAAGCCCCUGUCAUUGGAGUUACACCCUCACUCCCUCCACAUGUUACCCCCCAGCUUCCAUUAAUGCCAGCUCAUUACCAGCUUCAGCAGCAGCCUUCACAGCCUCUGAGUAACAUGGUUGUGAACCUGCAGAGCCAGCCUUUGUACACUAACAGCCAGCCCAUUACUAUGUCUUCUAUGACUGGGGUUGGUCAGGUGACUCACCCAGGCCACAGUGCAGUAGGGAAUGGUCAUAUGACUUGUCCUAUCCUGCCUCCUCCGCCACCUGCUUUGCCUUCAGCUGCCCUACCUAAUAGUGUUCCAGCUACCAAUGGGCAGGCUGCUCCUCAGCUUCCUCCUAACCAGACGAGCAGUCAGGACCACACAAAUGGGAUGCAGAUGCUACGGACUGUUGGCGUGGGGAAAUAUGAGUUCACAGACCCUUGGCAUCCAAAAGAAAUGUUGAAGGAGUUGAACCAGCAGCGCAGAGCGAAAGAGUUUACAGACCUGAAAAUUAUUGUUGAAGGCAAAGAGUUUGAAGUCCACCAAAAUGUUCUAGCUUCCUGCAGCUUGUAUUUCAAGGACCUGAUUAAAAGGUCACCCCGGGACAGUAGCAGAAGCGGUGAGAAGCUGGAAUUGGAAUUAUCAAAUCUCACAGCGGACGUCCUGGAAUUACUGCUGGAAUUUGUUUAUACAGGUUCCUUAGUAAUAGAUUCCGCCAAUGCCAAAACUCUUCUGGAAGCUGCCAGCAAGUUCCAAUUUCAUACAUUCUGCAAAGUCUGUGUGUCUUUUCUGGAAAAACAGUUGACUGCUAGCAACUGCUUAGGAAUAUUAGCCAUGGCUGAAGCAAUGCAGUGCAGCGAGCUAUACAACAUGGCGAAAGCCUACGCACUGCAGAUUUUUCCAGAAGUGGCAAAUCAAGAGGAGAUUCUGAAUAUUUCAAAGGAUGACUUCAUUUCCUACAUGUCCAAUGACAGCCUGAAUACGAAAACGGAAGAGCUGGUUUAUGAAACAGUGAUAAAGUGGAUUAAAAAAGAUGCUGCAAACAGAGCUCAGUACGCUGCUGAGUUGCUGGCAGUGGUCCGCCUACCCUUCAUCCAUCCCAGUUAUCUGCUAAACGUUGUUGACAAUGAGGAGUUGAUAAAGUCUUCGGAGGCCUGCCGGGAUCUAGUGAAUGAAGCGAAGCGUUAUCACAUGCUGCCGCACGCCCGGCAAGAGAUGCAGACUCCAAGAACCCGGCCCAGGCUAUCAGCAGGUGUGGCCGAAGUAAUAGUCCUAGUUGGAGGCCGUCAGAUGAUCGGGAUGAAUCAACGAGCCUUAACAGCAGUAACGUGCUUCAACCCUCAAAGCAACAAAUGGUACCCACUGGCCAGCUUGCCGUUCUACGACCGGGAGUUUUUCAGUGUGGUGAGCGCUGGAGACAAUGUCUACCUCUCAGGUGGCAUGGAGUCUGGAGUCACUCUCUCUGAUGUCUGGUGUUACAUGUCGCUACUUGAUAACUGGAAUCUCGUUUCCCGAAUGACAGUCCCAAGGUGUCGGCACAACAGCCUGGUGUAUGAUGGGAAAAUUUAUACCAUUGGAGGCCUUGGUGUGGCAGGCAACGUUGACCAUGUGGAGAGGUACGACACGAUCACCAAUCAAUGGGAGACGGUUGCUCCUUUGCCAAAGGCCGUGCACUCCGCAGCUGCAACGGUUUGUGGAGGGAAAAUCUAUGUGUUUGGUGGCGUCAAUGAGGCCGGCCGUGCAGCUGGAGUCCUGCAGUCAUAUGUCCCACAGACGAAUGCAUGGAGUUUUAUAGAGUCACCCAUGAUAGAUAACAAAUACGCUCCUGCAGUCACUCUCAAUGGUUUCAUCUUUAUUCUUGGAGGAGCUUAUGCACGAGCGACCACCAUCUAUGACCCAGAAAAAGGCAAUAUUAAAGCAGGUCCCAACAUGAACCACUCCAGGCAGUUCUGCAGUGCUGUGGUUCUUGAUGGAAAAAUUCAUGCCACUGGUGGAAUUGUCAGUAGCGAAGGCCCUGCUCUGGGAAACAUGGAAGCUUAUGACCCCAAGACAAACACAUGGACGCUUCUACCCAAUAUGCCAUGUCCUGUGUUCCGACACGGCUGUGUAGUAAUUAAAAAGUACAUUCAGAGUGGUUGAUGGCCAACAAAAACCUGGAUAUCAAAUUGGCUGUUUCCUGCUGAAAGCAGGCAAGAAAAGAAACUGUCCUGCAGAGAAAAAUCGAGGAAAUGCAACUUGUUAUGAACGUCUUGUCUAAAAUUACGAAUAAUCUCUACAUUGAAUGUAGAAAAUCAUCCUCACCUUUUGGUGAAAAAGGAGCAGAGAGCUCCAUGCUAUGUAUGAUAGUGUGACUUAACACAAGUGUGCCACCAGAUGUCAGAGUGGCACUUGUUUCCAAGGCUUUUGGUCUAUCCAGGUGCAAUAGCAUUUCCCCGUCUGUUGUUCAACUAGGGGGAAAAGAGGAUCUGUGUUAUACUCCUUGAUAGCAAGCUCAGUUAUUGAAACAACGGUGUCGAUUAGGCUUUGCUACUACACAUUAAGCAUUGGGGCUUUAGGAAAUGAAGGUCAAAGUGUCCUUACCACUUUGAUUGCGACGUUUUUGUUUUUAAACCAACAUAUGCUUUUCAAUACCAAUGACCGAGAGAGAACUUACGUUGACAGACUGCAUAGAUUGAGGUCAGUCUUCCAUCAGAGCAAAUGUUUAUUACAGCUCCUUAGAGCAGAGCUAAUAAAGGAUAGAAGUGUGUCUGUCUGUCUACUAGCAUUCCAUGUUCUUUUAAUGAAAAGGUUUUCUGAAGUUGUAUGUGAAUGUGUGGUCGUGGGGGGGGGGGGCGGCUUGUUUCUGCCUUUCUACUGUUUUUCUACUGUAUGAACAAAAUGACAGCUAAGUUUCUGUAAAGCAAGAGGCAUCUAGGAGCUUUUAUUAAACUUUUAUUUAUCUAUUCAAAGUUUAGAAUGAAAAUUCUGUGUUGAGUUUCCAUAUUUUGAGCCAGUUAUUUAAGGCUUUGCCUUGUGUGUUGGGGGGUGAGAUCACCACUGAGUGACAGUCCACUAGCCAGGAUAUAUGCCACUGUCUAUAUUUUUGUCAGAUGAAUCUAAAAAAUCCUAUUUUUUCAGACUCUCUUCCUCUGCCCCCUUCCCUUUUCCAAGGGUACAUGGGAGUCUUAAGGAAACCCUCUCUCCACAAAAGGCUUCAGUAGCUGCUUUUCUAAGAGCAAUGCUUUUGCAGCUUCUCACUAGACAGGUUUAACAACAAUAAUUGAAAAUGCUUUAAGUUAUAUCCUGGUUUAGAGAGAGGGGGCGAGUGUCGGGGCAAAGGUUAUUCUGUAGAGUUGUAAGUAUAUACACAGCAGGGCUAUAUUUUUAUAUGUAUAUUAAAAUAUUGUAUAUUCAGAGAAUUGUGAUGUGAAAAUUUCUUUAUAAAACUGUAAAUGCAGAUCAGAUGAGAGAAAGUUGGGAUAACAGGGUCGCAGUAGUAACAGCAGAUGUAUCCUAUGAUUAACCCUGCACCAUGGAGCUAGCGCUGAUUUUCUUUGCAGCAGCUAGGAAAACAGUAGACACACCUGUCUUUGAUCUUUCACUGAACUUCAUCACAGUGAUUAAAAAGACAGCUGUUCCAUCAGAGGUACAGUAUGCCAGAUUAUGUAGACAUGGGGAAAUCCUAACUUCAUUCAAAUCUUUGCCAAUGAAACCAGUGACAUCAGGACUUUACUCACAAGGGAUGUGAUCUGUGUUAAGUCACUAGCAACUUAAUGGGAGCAACCGCUGCGGCCCUCUGCAGCAUUGCUGCCAAAAACCCACAUUCCCUUCGUAACACUUGGGAAAUUCCACACAUGAAACAUCAUUUUGUACGGUUUCCUGCUCCAGGUCAUUGGCUGAUGCAGGUGGGUGCAAGGAAACUCACAACAUGACGAUCCCUUAAACACUACAGGGUGAGAUUCUGUUUGCGGCAGCACGCCCAUGGCAUAUGUAACUUCUCACUCUUACUCCAGUGCAUAUCCACUGGGAAGCAAGUCUAAUAGAUUUCAAUAUGUCUCUUCCAAAUGCGCUUAGAAUCACAGCCUUACUCUGACUUUUAAGUAGCCAGAGAACUGCAGUCAAUGGCUAGUUGAUUUUGAUACCAAAUGAGUUUUCUUUUAAAUUCGAACGUUUUGGAUAAACAUAGUACAGAUGGCUGGCCAAUCACAUUGAAGUUAUUUUGUUAAGAAUAAAUUUAUACAAAGCAGAUGUUAAUAUGAAAUUUGUAUCUUGCCAUACUUCAAAAGAAAUGUUCAUUUAGGCAGCAAUCAAUAAAAUAAUUGAAAUCUCUCACAUGGACAGUAAUGUUCAAACUUUAUGCAGUUUUAUCUUAUUCUUUGAAGGAAACAAGUCAUGUGAAGUAUUUUUGUCAACCAUGGUGCAAGUGUGAACUUAAAAGAUUGGUGCACAAGUACCUCACUGCCUGGGGCAGGUUGAAUUUUAGCACUGGGGUGUGUCUACCUCCAAAGGAGGUGCUAGCUUGUAAGCCUUGCUAAACAUUCAACAUCUCCAAAUUUAUCUUAUUUCUUCUUUUUCUCACACUGGAGCAAAACUGGCUAUUUCUGUGAAUACUAAAAACACAGGGUUUUCUGUAAUGAUAUUGUAUAUAUGUUUACU